AAAAUUAAUCAGCAUAUUUAUAAAUGGCUUUCUGAAGGUGAUAUAAAACAUCUCGAACAGCUUAUUUUUAAUGGCCAGGGAUAUUUACUAGCCAAUAAAACGUCUACUAAUCCAAAUUCAGCGGAAUUUUUAAACUCACUAACAAUAAAAUAUCAGAGCAAAAUUGAUGCAAUACACAAGGCGGUUGAAGAUGGUGAUAUUCGUCGUCUAAAGUCAUUAAUUAAUCGAAAUGAAUUUUCUACGGCACGUGACAGAUACGGUAUGACUCCUUUGCAUAUUGCUUUAAUUCACGGACAAACAAAUACUGUUCGGUAUUUACUAGCCAAAUAUCCUUCUUGCGUCAAUGCUACGAAUAAUGCAGGUCGAACGGCUUUGCAUUAUGCUGCAGCAGAUCCAGCUAGAGAGCAUAUGAUCAAGAAAUUGCAAAAAGCUGGAGCUGACGGUUUUAUUGAAGACAAACUCGGUCACACACCAUUUUACUAUCGUACUCACGCACGUCGCUUACAUAUAAGAGUAGCCAAUGAUAAUGCCACGUUGAGUGGACUCAUUUCGGGUCAAAUGGGUAGAUCACUUUUAAAAGAUCUUGAAGAAGAUAUUUCAAAUUGGAUUCAUACUGGAAAUGUGAGGAAACUAGAAGAUUUAGUUUUAAAUGGCUAUGCCGAUUUACUUGUUGGCCGUAUACAUGAAGUUGACGAUCCAGAUACCCUCAAUUUUCUUGAUGUACUACCACAAUAUCAGGCCAAAAUUGAUGCAACUCAUAAGGCUAUUGAAAUGGGUGAUCUACGAGCAAUUCGGGUCUUAGUAGAUCGAAAAAAAAUGGCAUUUUGUCGAGAUGCGAGGCAUUUAAUUCCACUUCACAAAGCCCUUCUUCUGGGUCAAAUGGAUAUUGCAAAGUAUUUGAUCAAAAAUUAUCCGCAAUCAACAAAUGCAAUGGAUGAAUAUAAACGUACUCCACUUCAUUAUGCAGCAGCGUUACGUGAUGAUGGCUAUUUAUAUAAAAUUAUGCGUCACGUUGGAGGCAAUCCAGAAAUUUGUGAUUGCUUCGGCCGACCACCAAAGUAUUAUCUGAAAUAUCGAGAAAAAAUUGAUCUAAAAGCAAUGAAAAUUCGUAGACAUGUAGCACCUUCGUAUUUAGAAUCAGUCGUUCGUCAGUGGAUUCAAGAUGGCAACGUAAGUAAGUUGGAACUUUUGGUGCUAUCAGGAUGUGGUGAUUUGCUUCUUGGUCAUUCAACUAAUAAUCCAAUUUCAAAAGCUUUUUUGGAGAAAUUAAGCAAUUAUUUGGAACAAAUAAAAGAAAUUCAUAAAGCAAUCAGAAAAGGUGAACUCGAAAAGGUCAAGGAAUUGCUGAGUGUGAAAAAAUUAGCCUUAGCUCGAAAUCGGCGAGGUUUUACCCCGCUUCAUACAGCUAUAGUAUACGAACAGACCGAUAUAAUCCGUUACAUUGCUAUUAAUUUUCCGUCUGUUUUGAAUGCGCCUGACUAUAACAAACGCACACCAAUGCACUACGCAGCAGCAACACGGGAUGGUGGACAUUAUUUGCAUAUCCUUAGUAAAGCUGGAGCUAAUCCAUUAGCAACAGAUAACGAAGAGCAUACGGUGGAUUACUAUCGUCGCAAUACAAUGAUGAAUUUAAAAUCCAUCAAAGAAGAUGAUGAUGAAGAUGUUAAUUUGGUUUCAGGGGAAUUUAUUGAGGAAGCGUCUCGUCUGAAUUCACCUCAAAGUGAUGAUUCACUAUCGUUUUUCGGGUCACCUAUCGUAUCAAUGAAUUUGGAAGACUAUGAUGAACAUGACAAGCAAGUAUUUGAAUUUUGUCUGCCAAAUCAAAAUGAAUGCAUGAGUGCUAAUAACAAAGUCUAUCUAGCAAAAACUGUUGCUCCAGUACUUACUAUGGCACUAUCUGAGGUAUUUAAUUCCCUUUUAAUUUUUUCUUCAUACUAUUUUACAUAG